AUGUUCCGCGCAGCGUCACGGCGCACCGGCGCCCAUGCCGCAAAAUUCCUACAACCACAACCUAAGACCCUAGCCCGCUCAAUAUACAGCAAUAGUACCACGAGGCCGACCCUCCAAACCCGUUUCAACAAUGCCAAACCCCUCUACACACCCUAUAUUACGGGUACACGGCACCUUACAAUCUUUCAAAAGGUUGGCCGCCGGUACCGCGAAGCCUCGAAAGGAAUUUGGCGCAAGAACCCUGUCCUCAUGCCACUGGCGAUCUUCUCCAUCGUCGGCGGAGCUUUCACCUUCGCCUAUAUCUCAUAUGUGGAAGUGACACGUGUCGGACCGCAGUACCACAAUUUUCCGGCGCCGGUAGCCGAUGCCCUCCGCACCGCCGUCUACUACACUGAGAUCGACCUGAACCCACCCAAAGCACUGAAAGCGUACAAGGAAGCGCUGCGGAUAGCGGCUGAGUUGGAUGUCCACCCCUUCUCGGAUGAGGUGCUCGGCAUUAAACUUCAGGCUGCUAUGAUGCUGGAGAAGGCUGGGCUAGUGAAGCCGGCCAUCGAUGUGCUGGUGCGGACGAAGCUCGAAACUCUUGCCUGGGUGGAAGCGGGGCGCGCGGGAGAUGCUGCUGCUGCCGCUGAGAAGGUGAAACAGGCGCAGGACCAAGCACAGAAGACAUCGCCCACGGCCCAGGUCAAUACUGAGCCGAAGCAGGAGACCGCACAGGAUCUGGAGGCGUUGGCCCGGUAUGAAGUCCGCCAGCGGGACAAGGCGCUGAAGAAGGUCGUUGGAAUAAUGAUGAAGCUCGGCGAGCUUUAUGCCAGCGAUCACAUCCAGGAGGAUAAGAAAGCCGAGAUCGAGCAGGUCGCUGCUGUAGAGCUUUGUCUGAAGGAAAUGCACCGCCGUCAAAGUCUUGGACUUCCCGUUGGUAGCUCUAACAGCGACGAUGGAUCAGCAGGUGACGCAUGGCUGAACCUCACCGAGAUCGCGACGGCUUUGGCGGAGCUCGCCUCAAUUUACACUGCCAAGGAGCGGUAUGAACUGGCUAUGCCGCUGUAUCUGCGUGCGUUGGACUUGAUCCGUACCGCUGAGGGUAAUGAUAUCUCUUGCAAACAAGUAGUGCUGCUCAAUGAUGUUGCUACCGCUCUAGUUGGCCAGGUCCAGCUGCCCGUCAAGUCCCAGCCGCAGCAACCUGUUGCAGCCGAGCAGACUGUCGAGUCAGCCCGGCAAUGGGCUCAAAAGGCCAUUGAUGUUGCGGCGCACAUUCAGCCGCCAAUCCGGGACGAGGAAUGUGACAUUACUUGCGUUGUUGCGACUUACAAUUUGGGCGAGUUGGCUGAGCUACAAAAGAAGCCCACCGUGGCCAAACAGCGUUAUACCGAGGCUAAGGCGUUGGCUGAUGGGAUAGGAUACCAGGAAGGAAGUUUGAUGGCCAAGGAGGCCCUGAAGAGACUUGCCAAGAAAUGA